CGGAUACAAGGCACUUUUUAUCUUCUGAAACCACUUUCCGUAAAGCAAGCUGAGAAAGCUGUCAGAGUUAUUGUUUAUUUGAGUUUCUUAGUAUAAAAUUAUAUCAACACUAAAUGUUUUUUAUAGGCGCUUCAAAUUUCAACUACGUCAGCAAAAUCUAUAAAAGCCGUUGCGCUUGAAUUUCAUUUUGAAAACGUCUGAUCGACCAACUAACAAACUGUUUAAAAAAACGAACAAAAAUGAAAUACGCUCUGAUACUGGUUGUUUGCUUUGCUUUUCUUGUGUUCUCCCUGACUAAAAAUGCUGAAGGAAAACCUGUAAGUACAGAUCUAAGUCUAGGUAAAGAGCCUACCAUGAAUGACGAUGCCGCAAAAUACUACGAUGAAGAUUCAGACAGUGAUAGUAAAGACGAAGGUGAAGAAGAUGAAGACGGAGAUGAAGAUGAAGAUGGUGAUGAUGAAGAUAAAUGAAAUUUUGUUAAGUUUUUAUUUAAAAAACGUGAUGUUAUGGUGACGUAAUAGUUUCAGAUUUAUUUUA